AUCCCUCCUCCUCCUCCGCCGCCGCCGCCGCCAUCGGCGACGCGACGCUUUCGUGGCGACAGGAGCCCAAACAAAACAAUGGCGUCCUUUCCCGGUUGCUGAGGAGGGAGGGAGGAGGGAGAGGGAGGCUCAAGCUGAGGCCCGGGGGCCGCCAUUUCCUGUGUAUAUUAGCGACCGAGCGACCGCCGCCAUGAGCAAGAGGAAGGCCCCCAUGGAGAGCACCAAUGAGGGCAUCACUGACUUCUUAAUCGAAUUGGCGAACUUUGAAAAGAAUGUGAAUCGAGCCAUGCACAAGUACAACGUCUACAGGAAAGCAGCUUCCGUUAUCGCGAAAUACCCAACAAAAAUCAAGAGUGGUGCCGAGGCAAAAAAGCUGGAGGGAAUUGGUGACAAGAUUGCGAAGAAAAUUGACGAGUUUCUGGCAACGGGGAAGCUCCAGAAACUGGAGAAGAUUCGUCAGGAUGAUGUCAGUUCAUCCAUUAACUUUUUAACUCGAGUGACUGGAAUAGGUCCUGCAGCAGCAAGAAAGCUUGUGGAUGAAGGAGUCAAAAACUUGGAAGAUCUGAGGAAUAAUGAAGAUAAGUUAAAUUAUCACCAGAGGAUUGGUUUGAAGUAUUUUGAAGAUUUCGAAAAGAGAAUUCCUCGAAAUGAAAUGUUGAAAAUGCAGGACCUAGUUCUGGAAGAAGUCAAGAAGUUGGAUCCAGAGUAUAUCUCCACUGUUUGCGGAAGUUUCAGACGAGGUGCCUUGUCCAGUGGUGAUAUGGAUAUUCUUUUGACUCAUCCAGACUAUACCUCAGAGUCAACCAAAAAGCCAAAGCUUCUCCACAAAGUUGUGGAAUGUCUGGAAAGGACAGGAUUUGUGACGGAAACCAUUUCUAAGGGGGACACCAAGUAUAUGGGUGUGUGUCAGUUACCAGAUGACAAUGAUGCCUGUGACUAUCCACACAGGAGAAUUGACAUCAGGCUGAUUCCAAAAGAUCAGUAUUUCUGCGGAGUGCUGUAUUUCACCGGCAGUGACAUAUUUAAUAAGAACAUGAGGACUACCGCACUGGAAAAAGGCUUCACAUUGAACGAGUAUACCAUUCGCCCAAUGGGAUCCACAGGAAUUCCAGGUGAGCCGCUGCCAGUGGACAGUGAGCAGGACAUCUUUGACUAUAUUGACUGGGUUUAUCGAGAACCUAAAGAUCGAAGCGAGUGAUUGACAUCCAUGAAUCGUCCUCGGAAGAUUUACUCAGCAAUAACUGCGAUUCCGGAAACUUUCUAUCACUGAGGACGUACAGUCAAGCCUCAGUAAAUCUAGGCUUCAAGUACGUUAAGAUCUCUGCGGAGGUCAAAUUGUAAUGUUUGUACCUCAGCACAUUCACACCCUCCAUUUUGCACCGUAAUCAGAAUGAAACAUUAGGUACAAUAUACUCGCAAGAAACCGUGGAUGUGAUUGAUAACCCUUUGACUGUUCACCACACUCGUGUCGUUCAGUCCAGGAAACAGCUCAGUAAAACUCACAUAAGUCGUGGCGGACGGGAAGGUAACAUUUAAUAUGACUGACGCGAAAUCCGAGUUGCAAGCUGUAGGAGUCGAAGAAAAUCCGAGUUAAUCAAUAAUCUACACUGGGCCUGUCUAACUUCACGCAGCCGGUAAGUGCGCACGCUGUCACUUUUCUGUCAUCCGUGGGAUGUCCUCCCGACGUGAAAGGUGCUAUAAGAAAUGUAACUUCUUGUUGUUUCAUUCAGCCUCUCUGCCCCCCACACUCUGGAACUCUACCCCACAAUCCCUCCACCUCACCCCUUCUCUUGCCUCCUUCAAGUCCCGUCUAAAGACCUUCCUCUCUGACAGUGUCUUCGGCCAACCUCCCACCCCCGAAUGGGCCUCAAGUGAAUGCACGACUUUGGCGAUGACACUGCCCUGGGUGAGGCGCUGGAUAGAUGCAAACUAUUGCUGUUACACAAUGUAUAAAGAUAAGACUUAUGCGAGUUUUACUGUCAGAUCAGUAGGGAAACAGCUUUGUCUCUGGAUCAUGUGUGCGUUCCCUGUGAUGUGGGCUUGGCCUUUGGGUUGCCAGUGUUGCUCAGGGAUCACUGAAUUUUACUCGAUGAAAUAACCGCGAUGAUUUCUCUAUCCCUUUGCUCAGUAUUUUACUGCUUGUGUGGUCAGAGGUUGUGCUGGUAAAUUAUGCAUGAAUAGCCACAACCACAGGAGAGAAGGCAGUCUGUCCUUCCUUUUAGGCUCUUUGUAGUAAAUAAAUAAAGUGCUUUCCAAAACGCUUAA